AUGGCCGAAGGCGGCCCAGUGGGUUCCGUCGGUCGUCCACAAGCGCUUCCUGGCUACACUUCUGGCUUUAAGGUGCCGGACCAUAACAGCUACGUGUCGGAGGUGGCGCAGACGUCGUCGCGUGAAGUUGCCUUUCAGCAGAACUCUAACGUCGCAGCGGGAACGGCCGGAUCGCGUCCGUUGUUCCGAUUGAUUAGCGGCAAUAAACCCUCUCCUGGAUCACUGAAGAGGAAGUUUUCGGAUGUGCCCAAGGACCCUGCAUGA